UUCCACUCCACUAGCUAUACUCCGCAGGUCCCAGCAUAUAUAAAUACAAUACGUCUUCUUCCUCUUGCUUAAAGAUUAAAGUCAACCAAAUUAAAAAAAAACCAACAAAACAGAGAAAGCCAUGCCUUCAUUAUCAGCUGGGAAGCCCAUUCUAUGCAAAGCCGCGGUAGCUAGAGAACCUGGAAAACCGUUGUUAAUAGAGGAAAUAUCAGUAGCAACACCAAAGUGUAAUGAAGUUCGCAUCAAAAUCUUGUGCACAUCUCUUUGUCACAGCGAUCUUACAUUAUGGAGUUUGAAAGAACCUCCUGGAUAUUUUCCAAGAAUACUGGGCCAUGAAGCCGUUGGGAUUGUGGAGAGCGUAGGUGAAGGUGUGGAUGAAUUUUCUGAAGGCGAUUUUGUAAUGCCUGUAUUUUUGGCAAACUGUGGGGACUGUAGUGACUGCAAAUCAAAUAGAAGCAAUCUAUGUUCAACACUGCCAUUUAAGUUGUCAGCUAUGAUGCCAAGAGAUGAGAGUAGCAGAUUUACAGAUUCCAAGGGAGAUUUGUUGUACCAUUCUUUGCAUGUUUCCAGUUUCACUGAGUAUACUGUUGUGGAUGUUGCUCAUGUAACUAAGGUUGACCCACGAAUACCGCCUAAUAGAGCUUGCCUUCUCAGCUGUGGAGUUUCCACAGGUGUUGGUGCUGCUUGGAAAACAGCACAAGUUGAUGAAGGCUCAACAGUUGCUAUAUUUGGCCUAGGUGCAAUUGGAUUAGCGGUUGCAGAGGGAGCUAGAAUUUGUGGAGCUACUAAAAUCAUUGGUGUGGAUGUAAACCCUGCUAAAUUCGAAACAGGAAAGAAGUUUGGAGUUACUGAUUAUAUCAACCCUAUGAACGAUACAACAAAAUCUGUCAGUGAGAUUAUAAACGAGAUGACAGAUGGGGGUGCGGACUACUGCUUCGAGUGUGUGGGAAUGUCAUCGUUGGUGGAAGAAGCAUUUGCUUGCUGCAGGAAGGGAUGGGGAAAGACAGUAGUCCUAGGAGUGGAUAAGCCUAAUUCAAAGUUGAACAUUAGCUCUCACGACGUGUUACACAAUGGGAAGAUCCUAACAGGUUCUUUAUUCGGAGGUCUCAAAGCCAAAUCUGACAUUUCAACUCUAGUUAAAUGGUACUUGGACAAGAAACUGCGUUUGGAUGAGUUUGUAACGCAUGAAAUGAAAUUCGAGGACAUCAACAAGGCCUUCGAGUUGCUCCUGGAGGGGAAGUGUCUUCGAUGUGUGUUAUGGUUCGAUAAAGAUGAUAAGCUUCUGGAGUCAAAUGGAAAUGCUGAGCCUUAGUAAAUUAUUGAUUAAUGGAAUGGUUAAAGUUCAAACACUACAAUGUUUUUCAAUCGCUUGUAUCCAUAAUAAUGUCUGUAUUACUACUGUACUAGUACGGAGUAUUAUAAAGAGCUAGACCGCUCAUGGUGUGAGACUUUUGGAUUGUAAGUAGUCUACUCCCUCCACGCCCUUCGUGUUAAGUGUUUGCGCCCGUAUUUUUUGAGAGUUACACAAGGAAAUUUUGUGAAACAAUGAUUUAACGUUUGAACGUUUUGUGAAUUAAUAUCUUAUAAAAACUCUAUUAUAUUUUCUA